AUGUUGGUGAAGAAGCUUUCAGGGAACGGAGGGGGACGAGAGUCUGGAUCAGAAGAUCCGCGCCCCUUGGGACAGCGUUGUGCCGGCACCAUGCCUUCGUGCACGGCCCUGGCGACCCUCCUGUCAGUGGUUGCUGUGGGUUUUUGCUUGUAUCUUGGCGUGAAAACCAACGACCUCCAGGCGAGGAUUGCUGCUCUUGAAUCUGCUAAAGGGACCCCUUCCUUCCAUCCGUUCCCUGACACUGUGGAUGAGCUGAAGGCAAUGGUUCAGGAGAAAGUGGAGCGACUCUUGGCUCAGAAAUCCUACGAACAUAUGGCUAAAAUAAGAACCGCCAGGGAGGCACCUUCAGAGUGCAACUGCCCAGCAGGUCCUCCAGGGAAACGAGGAAAGAGAGGCCGAAGAGGAGAAUCUGGUCCUCCUGGUCAGCCUGGUCCUCAGGGCCCCCCUGGUCCAAAAGGUGAUAAGGGAGAACAGGGUGACCAGGGGCCUCGGAUGGUGUUUCCUAAAAUCAAUCAUGGCUUUCUCUCUGCUGAUCAGCAGCUCAUUAAACGCCGGCUGAUUAAGGGCGACCAAGGACAGGCAGGGCCUCCGGGACCCCCAGGCCCUCCUGGUCCAAGAGGCCCACCUGGGGACACAGGGAAGGAUGGCCCCCGAGGAAUGCCAGGAGUGCCCGGUGAACCAGGAAAACCAGGAGAACAAGGCUUGAUGGGACCUCUGGGACCUCCAGGACAAAAGGGUUCCAUUGGAGCACCUGGGACCCCAGGCAUGGAUGGGCAAAAGGGUGAGCCUGGAUCACCUGGAGCAGCCGGGGAAAGUGGACUACCAGGACCUAAGGGAGAACCUGGAAAAGAAGGAGAAAAGGGAGAUGCUGGAGAAAAUGGUCCCAAAGGUGAUACAGGAGAAAAGGGUGACCCUGGAUCGUCUGCUGCAGGAAUUAAGGGAGAACCUGGAGAAUCUGGUCGUCCAGGGCAGAAGGGUGAACCAGGGCUGCCUGGGCUGCCUGGACUUCCGGGGAUAAAGGGAGAACCAGGCUUCAUUGGUCCUCAAGGAGAACCAGGCUUACCAGGGUUACCAGGAACAAAAGGUGAACGUGGGGAGGCAGGGCCUCCUGGAAGAGGCGAGCGAGGGGAUCCUGGAGCCCCGGGGCCAAAGGGAAAGCAAGGUGAAUCAGGAGCUAGAGGCCCGAAGGGGUCAAAGGGUGAUCGUGGAGACAAAGGAGACUCUGGAGCUCUGGGACCACGGGGUCCACCUGGGCAAAAGGGAGAUCCAGGAGCCACUGAGAUCAUAGACUACAAUGGCAACCUCCACGAGGCCUUACAGAGGAUUACCACCUUAACUGUCACGGGCCCCCCUGGACCUCCUGGACCUCAAGGACUACAAGGGCCAAAGGGUGAGCAAGGCUCUCCAGGAAUCCCCGGAGUUGAUGGAGAACAGGGACUCAAAGGCUCAAAGGGAGACAUGGGGGACCCAGGUAUGCCAGGUGAAAAAGGAGGAAUCGGCCUUCCGGGAUUGCCGGGUGCCAACGGAGUAAAGGGAGAGAAAGGAGACUCCGGUUUGCCAGGUCCUCAGGGGCCUUCUAUCAUAGGCCCACCAGGCCCCCCAGGUCCCCAUGGCCCACCUGGUCCCAUGGGACCCCACGGACUUCCUGGACCAAAGGGAGCAUCUGGCUUAGACGGAAAGCCAGGAUCCCGGGGUGCAGAUGGUCCUAUAGGACCCCACGGCCCUGCAGGUCCCAAAGGAGAAAGAGGAGAGAAAGGAUCUGUGGGAGAACCUGGACCCAGAGGGCCCUAUGGGCUGCCUGGUAAAGAUGGAGAGCCUGGUCUUGAUGGCUUCCCUGGUCCUCGAGGCGAGAAGGGAGACCUGGGAGAAAAGGGAGAAAAGGGAUUCCGUGGCGUUAAGGGGGAAAAGGGGGAGCCGGGCCAGCCUGGCCUAGAUGGGCUGGACGCCCCUUGCCAAUUGGGACCUGAUGGAUUACCUAUGCCUGGCUGCUGGCAGAAGUGAUGAAUCUAACCUUCCAAGCAUGAAGUUGUGUAUAUAAUGGUCCACAUUUCAUAUUUAUAGUUGAAAAACUGAAGUGCAGAUUUUGCGAGGGUGAGAUCUGCUCACCCGACACACUGCUUCUCCCUGUCCACACUUGUCUAUCUUUCCUCAUGUCUGAAAUUAGGCAGUUCAUGGAAACGAAGAACCUACAGGAAGUCUAGUGUCUCUAUUUUAUGUGAACGUAAAUAUGUUUAUAUGGACAUCGGUGAUAGCGAUCAACUGAUUGCUUUUGCUAUUUUCUUAUUUGGGGCUUGUUAAUUGCAUGGUCAAAAAAAGUGCCAUGAAAUAGUUUACACGAAAUUGUGACCAAAUAUGGACUCAAAGCUAUGAACACACAGCACACAUUCCCUGGUAGCGUUCAUUCAUGCCUAUACCACCUACUGAAACUGACUAAACCAGCCUGAGCAUGCGCCAAACCUGCUUGUGCAAAUGCAGAUGCUUGCAUGCUGCCCAGUGAGUUCUUUGCCUAUAUCUGAACUCUUAUUCCUUUUGUCAUCUCAAGGGGGUUACACCGUGGCUUAUUGCCAAAAAGAGAUAAGUUGACGGAGAGCACACACACACAGUUGGUCUUAUAUUUUGAGGGUGUUGCAGUCCCGACUGCAGAUCCACAGCUCCUGAUCUUGUGCGCUCCUGUGACCACCUUGGUUGAAAUACCAAAGGGUUAGGCUGAUGGCUGCCACUAGUUUUCCUCGGGCUGCGCUUGGCGGCGGUGAAGUUGUGGGAAGAGGACCGGCUCAGCAUCCUGCAGUGUCUGUCACGAGACCAAGUUGGAAGGAGGUUUACAAUCGCAAACACCCAGAACGGCAGAAAUUGGUUUUCUAAGUGAUCUGUUCUGACUUCUCACGGCUGUUGAUGCUUUGGGAGAAUGUCAGAGGUAUGCAGCAGUGUUUUUGGAGACAGCAGAGCCUUGGGAUGGAAGCCCCUGUUUAUGCAGAUUGAAAGGUGCGGACAUCCUAUCAGAGCUCAAGUUGCUGAAGAGAGCCUGUGUCCCAAGAUGGAAUCAGGCAGAAUAAGCUGUACCACGAAUACAGACUUUACCAAAGGUCGUCGGAAAGUAUCCCUUCCUUCCCGGGUUGAUCCAUACCAAACAUUUUUUUUUCUACAAGUUCGAGAAACAAAAUGUAGUUUCCAACUUUUCUCAUACUUUUUAUUUUCUUAG